AUGGAUCGUCCCGGUGACCUUGACAGACCGUCAGUUCUGAGGACGAAUCCAUUGUUCCCCCGACAGCGACGGCGGGCAGAUGAGGAACAGCAGUCACACCUGCAACGACAGACUCCUCAUGAACAGCCUGCAGAACAACAACAGAGACCACUCCAACAUCGUCGCAGCACCUCCCAGCAAUCCAGUCAUGAACUCGUCCAACUGGGCAAUCCCGGAGCGCGGGACUUGUCGCAUUCUCCUUUUCCCCUCCCCCGAAACAGUUUUGUCCAGCGAGCCAUUCAGUACUAUGUGAAACAGUACUCGCCGACGGCGGUUCAGCGGCCACAUUUCGUUGGCGUGGGCCCAGAUUUGUUCCUUCUGCGUGAUUACAUUCCGUUCGUCAUGAACGACCGCAUGGUCUUCUCGGCGCUGGUGGCCAUGUCCUCCUUUAGCGCCAAUAUUGCCGCCACUGGUAGUCGCGAGGCUCCCUCUGAAUCUCUUCGGUUCUAUCAGUCAGCCGUGUCAUUGCUACGGGAGAGGUUGACCAACGAGUCGCAGCGGGCCAGCGACGCCGUGAUUGUGACCCUGGCCAAUUUGUGCGCAUUUGAGGCCUUUUCGGGAAACUAUGAUGCGGUUGAUAUGCAUACACUCGGCAUCAAGCAAGUGGUCGCCCUUCGAGGGGGCACUAGCCAGUUGGGUUUCGAGGGUUUCCUCAGGACCAUGGCCACGGCGUGGCAGAACUUUUAUGCAGCUCGACAUUCCAUCUCCUUGACUGACCCACGUUUUUUCCCUGAAGACGGAAUCUUUACCUACCCAGAACAUCCCUUUGAUCCUGAGUUGUGCGAUGUUAUUGCGCGCUUCCCACCGGGACUGACUGACAUGGCCUUGUCAGGAAUGCUGAGUCAUCAGAUCAUCAACCUAGUCACCCAUGUCAACAACUGGACCCACGAGGUGAAUGCCUCUCUCCGAGACUCGGACGUGUACAACCUGCAUGACUUGUCCCAGAGUUCUCGCAACGUCACGCUGUGCGGCGAGUUCCUGCACAAGUCAGGUUUGACGAUGGUUGAGCAACUCCUGGUUCUAGCGUUGACCUCGUUCUGCUAUUCCACAGACUCGACACGAUCCAUGUUUUUUCUGACGAACGCCUACCUCCAGAUUCGCUGCAAGUACAUGAGAACAGUGUAUAUCGAGGUGACGGAGAGAAACGAGGCAUUUAUGACCUGGGUGGCCACCAUGCUGCUGGCCACGUUCGACCCAUCAGCACAGCCGUGGUUUUUGGGGCUAUCGAUCCUGCGAGCGCGACCGACCCUGCGAGAUUGGCAGGCAAAUGUCAGAGUAUGCGAGAGUUAUUUCUGGAACGAUGGCCUCUCGCUGAAGUUGGCGGCAAAGCUGGGUCAUCUCAGAGGAACAGAACGCGAGGGCCAGGGUUGA